CAUUUCACUGCGCUUUUGGUACGAUUGCUUCUUGUAAGCAGGUUGUGGUGGAGUGUUAAUGAAUAAAGUCUGUUUCAUCAACUUACCAUGGCUAGAUGGUUAACGUCAGCAUUGAUUUUUGUAGCUGCUACUUGCCUGAUACAUAUUUCUUUUUGUCUUGCAGCUGUGAGAACUGCCUAUGACUAUUCAGAAUAUGUUUACGAGAGGAGCACAUAUGACUAUGAUUAUGGAGAAAAUGAGAAUCCUAACACAGAUUAUGCUGACCCUGACUGGUUUUAUGAUUACUACGGUACUGAAGAUCCCUGCCUUUCAAACCCGUGUGCACAUAAUGGAAAAUGUGAACUGGUGCAAAGUGGCUACCAAUGUAAAUGCCUUCCACCCUUUGAGGGAAGAAACUGCCAGAGAAUAAGAAAUUACUGCAAAAAGCAGAAGUGUUAUCAUGGAAACUGUGUCAUUACCUUAAAACCACCAUAUUACAAGUGUCUGUGCUUUCAUCCUUAUAAGCCACCCACAUGCAGCCGAGCUGGUUCGGCAUGCAUCCCAAAUCCAUGUAAAAAUGGUGGGACCUGUCAAAGCGGAAGAACAAGAUCAAGCUUCACAUGCAAGUGUCGACAGUCCUACCAGGGCAAAUUCUGUGAAACAGGUCCCAGAGACUGUUACAAAGGAAGUGGUUAUUUUUAUAAUGGAACUGUAAGUGAGACAGAAGAUGGAAGAAAAUGUCUUCCUUGGAACUCACGUCAUCUUUUGGGAGAGAGUUUCAAUUCAUUCAUGGAAAACGCAGAAAGCUACGGCAUUGGAGAACAUAAUUACUGCAGGAAUCCAGAUGGUGACUCAACACCGUGGUGUUUUGUGUUGAAAGGGAAGAAGUUAAUGUGGAACUUUUGCAAGGUUUCACAAUGUGCAACAACUACCCAAGAAGGAUCUGAGCCAUCAGUUGUGGGACCAGUAGUACCAAUAAGUCCAGUUAUGCCAAAACCAGGAGAAGCAACAUCCACAUGUGGGAAACCAGAGAGUAUCAGUAAUUUUUUGAGAAUUUAUGGUGGCUCUAAAUCUACUGCGGGGAAACACCCUUGGCAAGCAUCUCUCAAGGCCAAAAACGGUGAUCUGAGUUCUACACAUUUUUGUGGUGGAACCUUAAUUGAGAAAUGCUGGGUUUUGACUGCUGCACACUGUGUCUCUCCACCUGAACGUGACCUACUUGUUGUUCUGGGAGAGCAGGACCAGUCUCGCCAAGAAUUCCACGAGCAGAAGUUUGAUGUACAGCAAAUUAUUAGUCACAGACAAUAUAAAAUAGAUGAAAAUGGUAUCCCCCACAAUGACAUUGCUUUACUGAAACUGAAACCAAAUGGUGGUCGCUGUGCUCAGGAAACAAAGUAUGUGAAGACAGCUUGCUUACCAGACAGUUCAUUUCUAGAUGGAACUGAAUGCAACAUUUCAGGAUGGGGUGCAACAGAGACAGACUUUAUGUCAACACAGCUGCUGGAUGCCAAAGUAAAGCUGAUUUCUCAACUGACUUGUAACUCGGCUACUGCACACAACAACGUUUUAGAUGAUGGAAUGCUCUGUGCCGGUUACAUGCAGAGAGGCGGAACAGACACUUGCCAGGGUGACUCUGGUGGUCCUUUGACAUGUGAAAAGGAUGGUCAAUACUACAUCUAUGGAGUUGUGAGUUGGGGUCAAGCAUGUGGCUUAAAAAAUAAGCCUGGAGUUUACACCCGUGUUACAAAGUAUAUCAGCUGGAUCAAGUCAAAAAUUAGUGCAAGCCCAGCUUGAACCCCAGUAUCCGAAACCAUCAAGAUGCCCAGUUUGUUUCAGAAAACCAUCGGCUACAAGAUGACAGCUUAACCUGAGAAAAAUUAUUUUCUGUGUGUGUGUGUGUGUGUGUGUGUGUGUGUGUGUGUGUGUGUGUGUGUGUGUGUGUGU